AUGGGUGGUUGCUACUCCGUCAUUGCGGCCACCAAGCUGAAGAUGCUGCGCCGCGGAGGCCGUGGUGCCGCUGCCGUCCUCCCCGUCACCAGCCACGACGGCCCAUGCUGCUCCCCCGACCACGACAGCGUCAGCGUCACAGGCAAGGAGAGGAAGAAGAAGGGCGGCAGGAAGGGCAGGAAGCAGGCCUCCAUCCUGGGCGACGCCGGCACCGUCGACCCGGACUUCUCGCGGCGGUACCGGCUCGGCGCGGAGCUCGGGCGAGGCGAGUUCGGCGUCACGCGGCGGUGCGAGGACGCCGCCACGGGGGAGGCCCUGGCGUGCAAGACGCUCCGGCGGAAGCGGCUGCUCCUGCGGCGCGCCGGGCCCGACGCGGACGACGUGCGGCGCGAGGUGGAGAUCACGCGUCGCAUGUCGGAGGUGGGCGGGGGCAGGGUGGCGUGCCUGCGCGAGGCGUGCGAGGACGACGACGGCGUGCACCUCGUCAUGGAGCUCUGCGAGGGCGGCGAGCUCUUCGACCGCAUCUUCGAGCGCGAUCACUACUCCGAGCGCGCCGCCGCCAAGCUCGCCCGCACCAUCGUCGAGGUCGUGCAGCUGUGCCACGAGAACGGAGUGAUGCACAGGGACCUGAAGCCGGAGAACUUCCUGUUCGUAAACAAGUCGGAGGAGUCGCCUCUCAAGGCCAUCGACUUCGGCCUCUCCGUGUACUUCAAGCCUGGGGAUCGGUUCACCGAAGUGGUUGGCAGCGGGUGUUACAUGGCUCCAGAGGUUCUCAAGAGAAGCUAUGGGCCAGAGAUAGACGUGUGGAGCGCUGGUGUCAUCCUGCACAUCCUUCUCUGCGGGUUCCCUCCGUUCUGGGGAGACUCCGAUGAGAAAAUUGCACAGUCGAUACUACGGGGAGUAAUUAGCUUACAGAAGGAUCCAUGGCCCAAGGUCUCCCAGAGUGCCAAGGAUCUUGUCAAGAAGAUGCUUGACCCAGAUCCUUGUACACGGUUGACGGCAAAGCAAGUCCUUGAGCAUCCUUGGCUCAAGAAUGCUGAUAAGGCUUCAAAUGUGUCACUCGGAGAGGUUGUUCGGUCGAGGCUCAAGCAGUUCUCGUCUAUGAACAAGUUUAAGAAGAAGGCACUCGGAGUCGUCGCCAUGAAUUUACCAAGGGAAGAGAUUGACAAAUACAAUCAGAUGUUCCAUACCAUGGACAAGGACAAUGACGGUAAUUUGUCACUUGAAGAGCUGAAGGAGGGUUUCCGGAUAAACGGUCAUCCUGUUCCAGAGGAAGAGAUAAAGAUGCUGUUACAAGCCGGUGAUAUACAUGGAAGUGGCACAUUAGAUUGUGAGGAAUUUGUAACAGUCUUACUUCACAUUAAAAAGAUGAGUAAUAACGAGUAUCUACCUAAAGCUUUCAAGUUCUUCGACAAAGACGGGAAUGGUUUUAUUGAAAUGGCUGAGUUGAUGGAGGCUCUAGGUGAUGGUGAACUAAAGCCUAAUGAACAAGUGGUUAACGACAUUAUCCGUGAGGUCGACAAGGAUAAGGAUGGUCGUAUCAGCUAUCUAGAGUUUGAAUUGAUGAUGAAGGGUGGAUCAGACUGGAGGAAUGCUUCUAGACGGUACUCAAGAGAAAAUUUCAGUAGCCUCAGUCGAAGGCUGUGCAAAGAUACUUUAUGA